AUGAACGAACUUAAGAAGGAUGAACUGUCUUGGGUUGUCGAGCCUCGUCAGGAACCUGGAAUGGUCCUUUAUAAAGUUUCGUUAUACAAAGAAAAACUUGCUGGUGAUGCGCACACAGCUGUCACCACAAUGACUAAGCUGACUCUACCUACAGAAUUGCUGCAGUCUUGGUCUUCGGCUCAAAAAUUCGAUGUAAACAUCGCUGCGAUCAACGCAUGGAUGUCCUUGAAUAUCACUAAAACUGGACUACAGGCACCACUAAAACCACCUACCGUGCCAACAAAUGUUCGCUUGUACGCAACGCAACAGGUGACUUCAGUACUCAGAAAUGUCUUCUUUACUUUUGCCUCUUAA